CAAUGCUUCACAUAUCACCAAUCAGAUACCCCGUUUUAUUGAAUAAUUUGCAUAAUCAAAAUGGAAAUGUAAAAAACAAGAAGUCUAAAGGAAAAGAGUUUUAGCAAUUUUUUAUUGUUGCAGAAAUGGAUUACUUCGAAGAGCAGAGAGAGGAAAUAGAAUCAUUGAAGUCUAUAUUUUCAGAGGAAUUUGCGGAAAUUAGCAGCUCCCCACCAUGUUUUAUAGUGCGAAUUGAAGACAUUCCUACUCCAACCCCUCUUCAAGUGAAAUUCACGUUUCCCGAUUCCUACCCCGAUGAAGCACCUUUGAUCGAGAUUCCAAACCGAUCACUUGGGCUGCCAAGCGACUUGCUCGUUGAGCUUGUUCAACAUUUGCAGCAGGUCGCAAAAGAGUCUUUGGGAAUGGCUAUGGUGUUUACCCUAAUCAAUGAAGCACAUGAUUGGCUUAACAGCAAUGCAGAGCGAAUCACAUGUCAGAAGUCAGUCACUGAUGAUGACAACGAUGUUCUAGAUGAUGUUGAUGAUGAUGAGUCAUUUGCAGAUUUUAGAACAUCACAAUCAAAGCAAGGAGGCCGAUGGGAUUAUGUUAUUGGAUUAAUUGGUAAACCCUCAGCAGGGAAAUCAACUUUCUUCAAUGCAGCAACACAGCAAAAUCGAGCCAGGGUUGCAUCCCACCCUUUCACCACCAUUGAACCAAAUAUUGGUAGAGGAUUUUAUGCCAUUCCUUGCCCAUGUGGUACUCUCUCAAAACAAUGCAAUGCAGCGUACGGCCAUGCUGACAAUGGUGAUAGAUAUGUGCCUGUCAUUCUAAAAGAUGUUGCCGGUCUAGUCCCAGGUGCUUGUGAGGGGCGUGGCAAGGGAAAUAAGUUUAUGAAUGACUUGCUUGAUGCUGAUGUACUUAUUCAUGUAAUUGACGCAUCAGGAGAAACAGAUGAGAAUGGGAAAGAAACAAGCGAUUAUGAUCCUUCUCAAGAUGUAGAGUGGCUCUAUGAGGAACUCCAUCGAUGGAUUGCCGACAAUAUCAUGGACAAGUGGGAUGCCAUAUGCAAGAAACCUAUGAAGUUAUAUGAUAUGUUCACAGGCUACCAUGCUUCCAAGUCGCUCAUUCAGUCCAUUUUCAUGGUGGCUGGUAUCACAGAAAAGAAAUUGAAAAAUCUAUUUAGUUUAAACAAGAAAGAUGCAACGGAGUUAAUCGAUAAGCUAGUGUCUGAAUUUUUGAAGGUAAGGUUCCCCAUUCUUCUAGCAUUGAAUAAGAUAGAUAGACCAGAUGCUGAGAAGAACAUUGCAAAGUUCCACACAAAGUUCAAAGGGAUGUCUGUUGUCCUGGUCAGUGCCAAAAGUGAGAUGUUUCUCCAGCAACAAGAUAAAGAUGGGCUAUUGCAGUAUGCAGGGGGUGCUGCUGAUUUUUCAUUUCCUGGAAAUGAUGUAUUGUCUGAUGGACCUAUUUCACAAGUGUAUAUGGAUACAGCCUCAGAAAUCAGAUCCAAAGUCCUUUUCCCUUAUGGUAGCACUGGUGUUUUAAAGGCUGUAUCUGAGGCAGUCUGUCUCCGCCAACCUGUUUAUGCCUUCCCUGUCAAUUCCCUAGAUACACUAGAAUCAAUAAAUGUUUUACCAGGAAACAAAGAGAGGGAUAUAUUGCGUGACUGUGUCACCCUAAAACCAGGCACUUCAGUUGGGAAGCUGUUUAAUAUCAUGUGUAACCCCCCUGUGAGUUUGCUAGCAGGGGAUUAUGUGCGAGCCGAGUGUGUAGACGGAGCAGGCAAGAAAAGGGUGAUGCAUAAGGAUGACAUGAUUGAUGGAACUGCCCAAAUUAUCAAAAUCAUGAGUAACAAAAAGGCAUCUGUGUCGAAUAAACAGCGGAGUUGAUGAAUGAGGACAAAAGUUUUCCUAUCAAAAAAUGUUUAUAUUAUGUGAGCCAAAUUUGUUGUUGGAUGGCGGUUGAUAAUUCAAAUAUAUAACCUCUGCAAAUAAUACCACUGUGACCAAUUAAUUUCCUUGCUGCAUACAGUCAAAUGGGUCAUGAAGCAACAGUAAAAAAAUAAAAGCCAUCAACUGGUUAAGACAGUUGAUUUACUAUACACACUAUUCCCUAAAAAGACAUAGGAUUUUGGAUUAACCAAAGUCGUGCCACAACAAAUUUCGCUUUAAGCUACAUUAUCACGGUUGAAUCAACUUGAAUACUUGAAUUGAUAAUUUCAUUUGAUUUUUACUCAUUCGUUUACUCACAAAAAACUGUUUUCUUCAAUCUAUAGAUUGAGGACUUCUCCAUUUCUUCACUGUUUAAUUUGUAAAAAAUAAACAGCGGCAUUGUUAUGCAA